CGCAAGUGUGCAUUAAAACAUGCCUCAUUCCAAUGAUCCACAUAUACAAAAAGGGUUUUACGAAUAUGAAACAUAUUUGUAAAUGUUUUAUAUAAACGUAGCUUGGUAUAAUAAAAUAAAUUCUAGUCAGCUUAUAGCCAGCAAAAUACUCAGAAGUUACACACUAAUAUAUCGCAGCUUAUAAGUAAAUAGGAUCAGAUCACUCUUGUACCAAUGUGUGAUCACGAAGACCACGAUCAUGGUGCUCAUGGUCAUGAUCAUUCACAUGACCAUGAAGAUAAAUCAGCACAUUUUAGUUUGUACUUAAAAAUUAACUUAACACAAUUGGAAUGCUUGAAUGAAAGUGAAGAAGGUUCUGGAAAAAAAGUUUUUAAGGCGUGGGAUGAAAGACUUGAUCGUGAGCGAUAUGUGGAGAGUGAUGCAGAUCCUGAACUACUGUUUAAUAUCCCUUUUACAGGUAAUGUGAAACUUAAAUCAAUCGCAUUGCUUGGCGGUGAGAAUGACAGUCAUCCAAAAGUCAUGAAGCUUUUCAAAAAUAUUCCAAAUAUGAGUUUAGAUCAAACAGCAAAAGAAGCUGACCAGGCGUUUGAACUACCACAGUCGUACACAGAUGUAUUGCAACUACCAGCAAAAAUUGCAAGGUUCUCAAACAUCAACUGUUUGUCAAUUUUCUUUCCUGAAUGCUAUGGUGGUGAAAUAACUAAAAUUUAUUACAUUGGGCUUACAGGAGACUUUAUGCAGGCACAAAGACAAGAAGUUUUGAUCACCAAUUAUGAGCUUGCUGCAAACCCAGCAGAUCAUAAACAAAAACUCAACAACAUGUCUGGUCACAUGAUCAGCUGAUUGUCCAAUCAACAUUCUCGCAUUUGAUGUAACGAUGUCAUUUUCAUCCACUGAAGUUCCUUUUUCCAGCCAUAUUUCAUCACUGUUCGACAUGUCAAUCUUGUCCAACUGUUUAGUAAUUUUGAGUGCCUGAAAUAUAAAACAGUUUUGAUAAAUAACUUCAUGGUAGUUUAAAACUUACCUGGCAUAACUUUGACGGCCCAUUUGUUACAUUUUUUAUCUGGUUUUGCUUGCUGUUUAUUUUGGCGCGAUUUUUCUGCAUCGUUUCUAAACCUUUGAAGGGUUCUACUCCUCGUAUUAAAACUGCAUCUCCAUGA